AUGGAGAUGAACAAACCAUUUCUUGUAGUUUUGUUCAUACAAUCCAUUUAUGCUGGCUAUUUCUUGCUUUCAAAGGUUGCUUUUGAUGUUGGCUUGAACACUUACGUUUUUGUCUUCUACAGACAAGCUGCUGCAACUCUUUUCUUAGCUCCGACUGCUAUGUUUUUCCAUCGGAAAACUGCUCCACCAUUGUCAUUCACCAUUUUCAUCAAGAUUUUCUUGCUCUCCCUUUGCGGGAUAACUACGAGCUUGGAUAUUUUUGGUGUUGCUUUGACAUAUACAACGGCUUCUUUGGCUGCUGCGACAAUCAAUACACUUCCAGUUAUUACUUUCUUCCUUGCAAUUUUAUUCAGGAUGGAAAAAGUGAAGCUGAGGACCAGCCCAGGAAUUAUGAAAAUUUCAGGAGUAACACUGUGUUUGGCAGGAGCUGUCACCAUUGCCUUGUACAGGGGCCCUUUUUUGAAACUUUUGUUACAUCAUCACCUAAUUAAAAGCCACCACCAACAACUUGAAGUCCAUGCUACUCCUUCUACCCUAACAUGGAUAAAGGGCGUCUCACUGAUGCUGCUUUCCAACAUAAGUUGGGCGCUGUGGCUUGUAUUACAGGGCCAUGUACUGAAAAGUUACCCUUCAAAGUUCCUCCUAACAACCCUACAAUGCUUUUCGAGCACCAUACAAUCAUUCUUUGUUGCUGUUGCUUUUGUAAGAGAUCCGAAUGAAUGGAAACUUGGAUUGGAUGUAAAACUCAUAUCAAUUGCCUACUGUGGAGUAGUGGUGACUGGUAUUACAUUUUAUUUGCAAACGUGGGUCAUUGAGAAGAAGGGUCCUGUCUACCUCGCCAUGUCAACUCCAUUGAUUCUGGUAUUCACAACUGCUGCAUCAACAUUCCUCUUCGGGGAGAUAAUUAGUCUUGGAAGUGUCUUGGGAGUACUUAUUCUAGUUGGAGGACUUUAUUGUGUGCUAUGGGGAAAGACUAAAGAGGAAGAAAGGGAGAAAGGAAUAUGUGCAGCAGUAGUUGAUGCCGAGAAAGCCAAUGGAGGAUUAAAGGAAGAGACCACAACAUAA